GCGUGAUGUGAUUUGCAGUCGUUCCAUUGACCUGAUAAUAAACCUCACAAGCUGGUUUCCACAGGAGGUUUCUGAGCGCUAAUUCUAUCUUAAUUCAUUACAAGCAAUUAUUUUUGUGAAGAAACUUUCGUCUAAAUUAUUCCUGGUUUUUUUUUUUUCUUCUUUCGGAGCUAGUAGUGGUUUCCCCGGAGAAUCCGAGUUUGUGUUAUGUGUAUUGACCAUCGUUUGAACGCAGAAGGUGACGAAGGAAGUCCCGUGAUCCCGAUCUCUCUCGCUUCGCAAAAUUAAACAAUUAAAUAAGGACAUGGAUUUCAAAUUGAGUUGAAUGUGUAUAGUAGAUGAGGGACAAUAAUUGAAUAUUUACUCGGCUGAAAGGAAAUAGCCCCUCAAGAAGCUCUUAGUUCGUUGCGUUUUCGAUUGAUGCUAUUUGUUAACGGGCAGAAAAAGUCUCCUUAAUUUCACCAUCUCGUGGUAUCAGUACAAUGCAACUGACAAUGACCUUGUAUGUUUUCCUGGUUUCCGUGUUAAUAUCUUGUGUAUUCUGUUCAAUACCGGUGACUAAUGACAAUUGCACGUAUCUGUUUGACAUGGAGAGGAAUUCUAUCAAAGUAACGUGCUCAAAGAAUGUAACUGUGACCAUUCGUGGCAAAGGAAAUACAAAAUUACUGACGGGAAACGACGAAGCUAUGAAAUAUUGGUUUGAAGCGAAUCAUAACGCUCAUAACAACAAAACAACACGUUCUGGAGACUUCAACACAAAAGCCAUAAAUAAACUAAAAGGUGCAAAUCGGAUUUUAAGGAAAACCAAAAAGAGUCUCGGGAAGCGAUUGGUCGCCCUUAACGUUACAUCCAGUGAUUUAGAAGAUGGAGAUGUGAAACUCAAAAACGAUGUAGAAAUUUUGCAAAGAUAUCCCCCAGGCUCGAUAUUUGCUCACCAAUCCAUCGUUGCAGCCAUUUCGAACCAGUAUAAAUAUCUCCAAAUGGCCAUGCUCACCCAGAACAACGAAAUGAAGCAACUUGUAAUGUCGAUGACGUCAUUAGUGUCUGCUACCCAGAAAUCUGUUCGCAGUGUAAUGGCGAUGGGCGAGGAGCUGCAAGAACAGCUGGUUCUGCUCAACACAGCUCUUGUUCGCUGCAAUAUGUCCAUUGUCAACAAACAAAAAGAUUAUUGUCCUCGGAUUCUGACGUCGAUUUACCCGUCCAAGGAUAAAGUUGUCAAGGUCGGCAUUGCUGUAGGUACUAUCAUGAAAGAUCCAGUUCCAGCAGGGCUCUACUGGGUGACGUAUGAUUACAGUGACGUCAACGCACUGGUUGCUUACAAAACGUUGGAUGAUUUUGAAUUGGAUAUUACCCAAGAGAAACGCAAACUUCCAUUCUUUUGUGAAGGAACAGGACACACUGUGUACAAGAAUUAUUUUUAUUGUCAAAAGAUGAUGACGAAUAAGAUUGUGAGAUAUAAUCUCAUGGAAUCUCGUUGGUUGGGAGAAUUGGAACUUCCUGGAGCAGGUGCUCACAACGCUUAUCCCUAUCAAUCGGACCGAUUUAGCGACAUCGACUUUGCGACAGACGAAUAUGGAUUGUGGGUAAUCUAUGCAUCUCCGGCAUCCAGUGGAAAUGUAAUUAUCAGUAAGAUAUACGAAGAUAAUUUCACAAUAGCAGAAACCUGGACAACUUUGAUCCCCAAGCGCUCUGUUGGAAACACGUUCAUGAUCUGUGGUCUACUAUACGCAACGGAUUCUUUCUCUAAUUCGCCAACGUAUAUUAAGUAUAUUUACAACACUCACACUGGGAGUAACAAACAACUGAAAAAGACGGAUAUAGCCUUCUCCAACACUAUUAAAAACGAGUAUGUGUCAAACUAUAUGCUGGAUUAUAACCCAUUGGACCGGAAGUUAUAUACUUGGAAUCAUGGUAGAGUUGAGAUAUAUUCAACCUCGUCCUCUGUCACUGACAAAUGACAUAUAACAGUGGAGUGUAUAUUAACUUUUUCGGAAUAAAAACAGUUACUGUCAGGCAUUCCUGGGGGUAUACUAUUGUUACACAAUGUAUCAUAAUAACACUAUAACAGUUCCAGAAAAGAGAAUAUUGAUUAGUAUAUUGUAAAUAAUACAUGGCCCCACCAGUAUCUUUUGUACUGGUUACGAGGGAGUGAUUUAUGAGAGGCUGAGGAGUUAAAUUCACUCUCCAAAAUGAAGGUUGUAUACGCAACAAAGUCACCUAAUGUUAAUUUGCUAUUAAGGACAAUUCGUUGCUUUAGGGGUUAUUAUGUUCAUUCAUUUCAUUUAUUUUAUUCGUUCAAACCAUUCACAAUGGUACAUAAGGUACAUAACUUUGAUUUAAACAAUAUUUCCAAGGGUAUAAAUAGGCCUAUAUAAAUAAGACAUGCAUAUAUAUAUUCAUUAGCCAAAAAAAAAAAAAUGAGGUGGGGGCAUAAUGCAUACAAAAAUAUUCGAACAUUUAAUAGAUAUACAGACUAUCUCUAAAAUAUACAUUAUGUUUUUUAAAGUUUGAUGCCGUCAUUAAUUCUCUGAAUUUCAGUGUAAUUGGUACUUGAUGAUAUCUAGAAGCCAACAAUUCUUUCCGCAAACUGGAUAGGGAUUUACAUUACAAGAUAAAGUGAUAUUCGCCUGCUAAUUUACCAGUAUUACAUAGUGUGCAAUUUCUAUCGUUAGCUGAAAUUCUGCACCGCCUACCUACCUCUAUGGGUAAAUGGUGGUUUGUUGUUCUGAAUUGAACAAGAAGUUUCCAAACAUUUUUCGGAAGAAUGCUUAAGUAUUUAUCGAAGCCAGAGUUUAGCUUAUUAUUUAUUAUAGAUUUGACCCUUUGACGAAGUGUUCAUAUCAUUUGUCCACUUCUGUAUAAACUUGUUUUGUAGUCUUUGUUUAAUUACAGCAGUAAUCCAUUUGACAUUAAACGUUACAGAGCACUGUCCUGUCCAAAUAUUAGAAAAACCACAGGAAUCUAAAACAUUUCCUAUAAAAAUAACUCAUGAGUUCACAAUCUCAUUAUUGUACAUGUAUCGAUUAAAUAAAUAUCUAUAUACAGUAA